UCCGAAGUUGAACGGAAAUAUUGCCGGAAUUGCCGCGGCCUCCCUCCUCUCAACAACCAUCUUUGGUACCGUAACGCUACCACCAGUCCUCCACUCGUUAUCAUGGGAAGGUCAAAACCUACGGGAAAGGCUGCUCGGGCGGCCGUUGCUUGGCUCAAGGACAAAACAGGCGUAUUUGUAUCUCAAAAAUCAACCAAAAAAUCACCAAAAUCAGCUUCCUCUCCUCGCACUCCCAGUAUCCUUCCAACGCAGCCGGAGCCUUUCACCGUUCCGACUGACUUUGUGAAGGAUGGAAAAAAACUGGCAUUCUCAGAGACCAGGGACCGAUAUCUUCCAGCCAUCUUCGAGGUCCCCUUUCACUCACGCAUUCCAGAAGAGCUUCGACCAGAGAUCAACCGUAUCCUAGUGAUCCCAUGGCCAAUCAACGACCGGGCUUACAACAAGUUCUAUUUCCACUAUGUGAAAGAGAAUGUCAAAAUUCCAGGAGGUCGGAGUGCUACGAUUCCGGCGUUAGGGUGGGGAAAACUUGUAUCGGGAGAUAUCCUAUUUUUCCGCGAUAUUCAUGGGGCGGGAGACGAUAAAGACGAUUCUUUCGAAGCGUAUGCUUACCAACCUGGAAAGCACUCCGAUCUAUCUAAAAUACUUGAUCAACUACGGGACGAAACAUUAGGUAGCCGCGAUGAAAGGACUCGUACUGGAAGUACAAAAUUUGAAGAGUGUGGAAACCGAGCCGUUCCGGUGGGAGGAGAGGGGAGCUGCUUCAGUGUUGGCUUUGGUCAUCAAAAACCUCGAAAUCUAGCUGGACCAUCUGUAGGAGGCAAAGUGCGUGGAGAGAUAUCCCAGAAGGAAAAGGAGCACUUGCAAAUCCGUCAGAAUAUAGUCACUAGAUGUGUUCGUGCUGGUGUGGAUAUCUUCAAGCAAAUACUUCCCCAAGAAUACAAGAUUCUCGAACAGACUUGUGAACUUCACAAUGUUCCACGUGUUGGAACUGAUGACAACGUCUGUUUCACGGGCGUACAAACAAAUAUUGCGCGGCCUAAAUCAGAAGAAACUGGCUGCAUUGAAGAAAUGUUAUUCUUUGGUGGCAUUCAUUUUGACCAGUGGGACUCCGAGGGCAGUUAUACACAGAUUAUCUCUAACCCGGACAUUCCCACCGAUGAUGGUUGGGAGGGAGGACGUUUCCAUCUUGUUGAGUUUGGGGUAUUUGUUGAGCUGAAUGGACCAACCAUGGUGACAUUUACUGGUCUCCGACUGCAUGGCGGUACACCUCCGUUGGCACCGACUGGUGUAGAGAUCCCACCCUGGGCAUAUCGCUGGGUGGUUGUGUUAUAUCCUCAGGCUGCCCUUCUGGAUGGUCGGGUCAGCAUGAAUAUAUCCGUUGACUCAAAUGGUAUCCCGAUGCAACUAACCCCAGAGAUGCGCGAUGUGACUGCUAGGGCCAGCAAAAGUUUUGACUCGGACUCAGACUCAAAAUUGGACUAUGAACCCCCUGACGCUCUGGUUGAUGGCACCUUAACCUCUGCAAAUGAAAUAAACUUCAUUGAUGAUGGUGCUCUUAUUGUGCCUCCUCAAGCCAGAAUUGACUUUUUGGCCCGGUCUUUCUUUUUACACACUUUGUAUCACCAGAAACGUAUAUGCCCCGGAAUGUGUGGCAACUUUGAACGAUAUCGUCAAGACUGGUAUAUCCAAGACCCGGAAAACAUGAUCAAAUAUUGGGCCCGCCCAUGGCUGCUUGCUCCAGAUAGUUCACCUUGGAGCGAGCCAUCGGUAGACGUUGAUCCACAGCUCCUUAACCACCGUCAGAAAGCACAUCUUCAAUGGAUAGAGCACUGCAAUAAACGAAAACAAAUCAUUCCGUCUGCUUCUCGCAGCUAUAAACUUUCUCCGAUUGCAAUACCUUUACCACGACAUAUUGCGCUGCCACCAAAAACCAGAAAGGUCAUUCUUGCUGCACAAAAGGCAUCUCAUAAGAAGGCUCUCGCAAAGUCAAGAAAAGGAAGGAAAAGUAAGAAUGUGCACCGGACCAGUGCUUUUGAAAUCAUCGGUGCGGCCCACCAGGCUCCACAAGUACUCAACUUCGAUCCUGUCAAGCAGAUGAACAAUAUGAAGAAACGAAAACGACAAAGCCUCAGUGAAAACGAGGUGGAGGAUGAAUGUUUUGAGGUCGAACGCUUUGUUUCUCAUCGUUUGAGUACCAAACCCAAGCAGGCCGGUUAUGAGUAUCUUGUAAAAUGGAAGAAUUAUCUCAAAGAGGAGUGGAUUCAUGAGUCACAAAUCGACAAAGGACCUAUGUUUGACAAGUACUGUAAAAGAGCUUUCGCCGUUUCUGUUGAUGUACCCUCACCAGUAGCAAUAGAUCUUGAUUCUCCUGCGGAUAAUAAUUCUAUUAAUGCCAGUACCUCUGCAGAAAAUCAUCCAGCAACUCUGGAUUGCAAUUGCUAAACAAAAACUCCAAUCACCCCACUUUUCAAAUUCCGUUCUUGAAUCAAGUUUCCAUAGACUCGCUUCUAUACGUCAUUGACAUCCUGGAUGGUGGUAUUGCAGGUCUACUUCUGGAUCGCAGCCCCAGUAUGC